UGGGUGCUUAAUUAAAAAUGAAAAUGUUAGGGAGAUGUGCUUCUCUUUUAUCCUUUUGUAGAGGAAGAAAAGGAAAAUACAUCCGAUCGCUCAACCAACAUUAAGUACUACUCUCUCUCUCCAUGUUUGCAACUUAGCCAUAAAAAUAAAUGAUGGCUCACCUUCUUCAUGUGAAUGCUGUAAAAGCCAAAGGUAAGACCUACUACUAACAUCUCUAACUCACCUCAACCUCUCUCCCUCUAGGAAAAAAUAAGCCAAAAAUGCUCAUGAGACAAGAGAGUUCACUCUCAGCGUCUCGUCGACAAGCGGCCUGCACCACGCCGGAAACUCAGCAUGCGAAAGCCAUCGGGUGCAUGUCGGGCAUCAUUCACCUCUUCUCCAAGUAUCAAAAAUCCAACAGACGCCUCACAUUUGGCAAAAAUCAAGAGAAAAAGAAAGCAGCAACAAAUUCAGUGGUGAGGAGCCCGACGCUUCCACCGGAGAUCCGACGAGUAGAGAAUUGUUCGUCGGUGGUGGCGAGGCUCAUGGGAGUGGAGGAUUCGAAGCGGAUUGAGGAUAGUGUUGGGGAGAAACGGCAGCGGCUGAUGGAUGCUCUGGAGAAAUGCAAUGAGGAUUUGGAGGAGCUGAAGAGGAUCAUCAAGGCGGUGCAGGCGGCGAAUGGUGGCAUCAAAAUGUGUACGGACGAGUUAAUAUGUUCGCCCCUCACCACACAUAUUACCACAGGAGAGGUGCAGGUUCCACAACAUCGGAAGCCGACAGCCACAAAGAAGCCCGGAGAGGAUGAGGAAGCCAUAGCCAUAGCAAGACUAGUGACCAAAUCCACAAUCAUUGAAUCAUCACUGGAGAUGAGGCGUCGGGCGGCGGCGGCAGCAGCCUCAUCACCGCCUUGGAGCAGCAGAGCUAUGGUUGAGAGCGUAGAAGAAGUGUGCAAUGACAUAGGAUGGGGUGAAAAGAGGGAAAUUGGGAGAAUAGGGUUAGUGUUGCAAGACCAUGUGUGCAGAGAGUUGAUUGAAGAGCUUGUCAAAGAUUUGAAAUCUUCCUCAAUUAUUCCACCACUUCCUCUUGAGGCAUGUAAAAGGAAGCUUUGUUUUUCAUAAGUUUGUCAAUGCAAUUUGCAUACUUGCAUGAUUUGAACGUUGAUGUUGAAAUUUUUUAGUUUACUUUUUUUAAUUAAUUUAGGUGAUAAACGUGCCACUCAAA